CGGAGGGCGGCGCGCGGCUGAUGAAACCGGCUCGGAUCCCGCCCGCGCGCGCCAUCCCCUCCGCCAGCAGGUGUGAGCGGUUCUUUACUCGCGGUCCCCACCCAGCUCAGCAUCCCGUUGCCUUCUCGGAGCCUGAAGCUACCGCAGACUCUACUGUGACAUCUUGUCUCCCAGACUCUGGUCAUCCUCAGUGAGAAGGUCCACGAAUCUUACUCCAGGUUUGCUCAGCACAAUGGGUUGCAAAAACCUGCUUGGCCUGGGCCAGCAGAUGCUGCGUCGGAAGGUGGUGGACUGCAGCAGGGAGGAGAGCCGGCUGUCCCGCUGCCUCAACACCUUUGACCUGGUAGCUCUUGGGGUGGGCAGCACCUUGGGUGCAGGUGUCUACGUUUUGGCUGGUGCAGUGGCCCGUGAGGAUGCUGGUCCCGCCAUCGUCAUCUCCUUCCUGAUUGCUGCCCUGGCUUCAGUGUUGGCUGGCCUGUGCUACGGAGAGUUUGGUGCUCGUGUCCCCAAGACGGGUUCAGCCUACCUCUACAGCUACGUGACAGUGGGGGAGCUCUGGGCCUUCAUCACCGGUUGGAACCUGAUUCUCUCCUACAUCAUUGGUACUUCGAGCGUGGCGAGAGCCUGGAGUGCGACUUUUGACGAGCUCAUUGGCAAACCCAUUGGAGAGUUCUCACGGAAACACAUGUCCCUGAAUGCCCCUGGGGUACUGGCCCAGAACCCUGACAUAUUAGCUGUGAUUAUAAUUCUCAUCUUAACAGGAUUGUUAACACUUGGUGUGAAAGAAUCAGCCAUGGUCAACAAAAUCUUCACCUGUAUCAAUGUUCUGGUGUUAUGCUUCAUCAUGGUGUCGGGAUUCGUGAAAGGGUCCAUUAAAAACUGGCAGCUCAAGGAAGAAGACUUCUUGAAUAGAUCAAGCCCUCUCUGUGGGAACAAUGACACAAAUGUGAAGCAUGGCGAGGGAGGGUUCAUGCCCUUUGGAUUCUCUGGCGUCCUGUCAGGGGCAGCGACCUGCUUUUAUGCCUUUGUGGGCUUUGACUGCAUUGCCACCACAGGUGAAGAAGUCAAGAACCCCCAGAAGGCCAUUCCCGUGGGCAUCGUGGCGUCCCUCCUCAUUUGCUUCGUAGCUUACUUCGGUGUGUCCGCAGCCCUCACGCUCAUGAUGCCUUACUCCUGCCUGGACACCGAUAGCCCACUGCCUGGUGCCUUCAAGUACAGUGGCUGGGAAGGAGCUAAGUAUGCAGUGGCUGUCGGCUCCCUCUGCGCACUCUCUGCUAGUCUUCUAGGCUCCAUGUUUCCCAUGCCCCGAGUUAUCUACGCCAUGGCCGAAGACGGACUACUGUUUAAAUAUUUGGCCAGAGUCAAUGAGAGGACUAAAACACCAGUAAUUGCUACACUGACCUCAGGCGCCAUUGCUGCUGUGAUGGCCUUCCUCUUUGAACUGAAGGACCUGGUAGACCUCAUGUCUAUUGGCACUCUCCUGGCUUACUCUUUGGUGGCUGCCUGUGUGUUGGUCUUAAGGUACCAGCCAGAACAACCUAAUCUGGUAUACCAGAUGGCCAGAACCACCGAUGAGUUAGAUCAAGUAGACCAGAAUGAGCUGGUCAGUGCCAGUGACUCCCAGACAGGCUUUUUGCCAGUUGCUGAGAAGUUUUCUCUGAAAACCAUUCUCUUACCCAAGAAUAUGGAGCCAUCCAAAUUCUCAGGGCUAAUUGUGAAUGUUUCAGCGAGCCUUCUAGCUGUUCUUAUCAUCAUCGUGUGCAUUUUGGCUGUGCUCGCAAGAGAGGCUCUGGCUGAAGGGACACUGUGGGCAGUCUUUGUGAUGACAGGGUCAGUCCUCCUUUGCAUGCUGGUGACAGGCAUCAUCUGGAGGCAGCCUGAGAGCAAGACCAAGCUCUCAUUUAAGGUACCCUUUGUCCCCGUACUGCCUAUCUUGAGCAUCUUCGUGAACGUCUAUCUCAUGAUGCAGCUGGAUCAGGGCACAUGGGUCCGGUUUGCAGUGUGGAUGCUGAUAGGCUUCACCAUCUACUUCGGUUACGGGCUGUGGCACAGUGAGGAGGCUGCUGGCCAGGCAAGGACUCCUGACAGCAACUUGGACCAGUGCAAAUGAUGUGAAGUCCCACCCACCAAGGUGGCAGCCGUUGCGGGGUGCCCAUAGAGGCCUGGGACCCUCACACUCUCUCCACCCAUACCGCAGGAUCCGCUCACAUCCCCAACAUCACCAAAGGUGCUGUGAGCUGGACUGUAGCCUCUGCCGUAACUGACAUAGCCUGGCCAGACAACCCUGCAGCCAGCUCAUGAGGUCCUGGUCACUUCUGGACAGCUCCUUGGUCUUAUUUCCCUCUGAACCAAGAAAGCAGCCCUUCUCCUUGCCAGCUGGGCGCUUUGCUGCAGCAACCCCAGCAAAAGGAAGGCCCCCUUCUCCUCUUCCUUGGGAAGCAGGCCUCCUUCCCUGGGACCACCCUGGUAUUGCUCAUGUGCCCACUCCAGACCCUUAGUGGGCAUCUCUCUGUCAGCCCAGUCAGGACAGACUCCCAGCCACAAGAUGCAAGACUAGUCCUAUGAGAUGGCAUGUCCCCAGCAGUGCUGUCCAGCUGCCAAUCAACUGUAGAGGACCUAAAGAGGAGGAACUGACUCCCAUCUUACUGCUUCUGGGCUGGGGUGGUAGGUCGGGGCCUUGGUCCACAUAUCCUUUCCCAGCCUCGGUGACACUAUGACAGACCCCAGCGUGGUGUGAGCCAUUCAUCAUGGGCACAGAGGGUGGGAGGUCCCUUGAGGGAUCAGUGGUGUCAAGGUGGGAAGGCUACCUCUGCUCACAUGGACUGGGGGACAUUCUCUAGUCCUAUUCCUGGCAGGGCCUGGAUCGGCUCCUGCUGCUCUUGGCAUCUGUUCUCACUGUCCUGAGUCACUGGAACAUGAGGUCGUAAUAGCAGGAUUAAGUCAGGCUCUUUGGGUCUUCUAAGGUUCUUCAGACAGGUGGUAGCUUAAUGUGGGGUUGUGAUGCUUUUGUGGCCACUGACACGAUCCAUGUGGCCUCUUACAUCUAAGGAGUGCUAUGAAGCCCUCCCAUUGCUUGCCAUGAAUCACUCCACCAGAUUAAGUUGGGGCUUCAUGUUACCUUGGACAAUGGCCAAAUAAUUGCCGAAUGCCGUCA